CACUGGAACAUUUCUUUAUCGUAAUAGUUAUAGAAUCGAUGAGCAGACAACAAGUUGGCACAAAGUUUUUUAUAAAAUAGUUUAUCUGCGAAAGUUUUUAUUAAUUAUUAAAAUUAUAAAAGAAACUAGUAUUAAAAUAAUCUAAAUUGAACGAUAAUGUUAAGAUUACGAGUUGCAGGGCCAUUAUCCAGACAAAUAAGGUCUUAUGCCGCCUUAUCAUCAACACGCUCAUCGUCUGCUAGCGGUGAUGGCCAAGGACAGGAUGAUAAUCAUCCCGUAAAGAGAUCUUUGAAUAUUUUAAAGAAUGAUAUGAAAAAAGUAACAAAUUUCUUUAAAUCGAAUGCCAGCAGCAAGACAAACGAAGGACAAGACUCCACGGGAGCAGAAACAGAGGAUUUAAGUGAGAAACUAAAACGUUUCCAAGGAACACAGGGUGCAGGAGCAUCCGAUGAUCUCUUUCAAACACAUUGUGAUGUGGUAGUUAUUGGUGGCGGAGGUGUGGGAUCUUCUGUUGCUUAUUGGCUGAAAGAAAAGGCUAGAGAGGGCUUAAAUGUCGUUGUGGUGGAACGUGAUCCUACGUACGAACGUGCCUCUACGGUGUUAUCUGUAGGUGGAUUACGCCAACAAUUUUCAUUGCCGGAAAAUAUUCAAAUGUCAUUGUAUGGUGCUGAUUUUAUACGGGAAUCGAAAGAGCGUUUAGGUGAUUGUGAAUUAAAUUUUACACCCCAUGGUUAUCUCGUACUUGCAUCUGAGGAAGGCGCAGAGACUUUAAUGCGAAAUUCAAAAUUACAAAACGAAUUGGGUGCUCGUAAUGAAUUAUUAAAUGCUACUCAACUUAAAAGUAAAUUUCCUUGGAUGAAUACUGAGGGCGUUGUUUUAGGUUGUCAUGGCUUAGAACGCGAAGGUUGGUUUGAUCCCUGGGCUCUCUUGAUGGGCUUUAAAAAGCGUGCUCAGGAAUAUGGCGCACAUUUCGUUAAUGGUGAAGUUGUAGGAUUUGAAUUUAAACAACAUUCAGAUAUCAUAGUUCGAGGAAACAACACGGGAGAUUAUCAAGGUUUAGACAAGCUAGUGGUGAAAAUGCCAAAUGGAGAGAAGCGGACUAUUAAAUUUGCCAUUUGUGUACUGGCGGCUGGAGCAUUUUCGGGUGAAAUAGCACGUUUGGCACGCAUUGGCAUGGGUCCUGGAAUGUUAAGUGUUCCUUUGCCGGUGGAGCCCAGAAAACGUUUUGUUUAUGUGAUAAAUUCUCAAGGUAGCAACUGUCCUGGAUUGGCUACACCACUAACGGUGGAUCCUGAUGGUACGUACUUCCGUCGUGAUGGUUUGGGCGGCAAUUAUUUGUGUGGCCGUAGUCCUACCUUAGAACAAGAGCCUUCGGUGGAUAAUUUGGAUGUAGAUCAUGCAUUUUUCGAAAAUGAAAUUUGGCCAAGCUUAGCAAAUCGUUGUCAGGCUUUUGAGUCGGCCAAGGUGGUAAACAGUUGGGCUGGUUUCUAUGAAUACAAUGUAUUUGACGAGAAUGGUAUUAUUGGUGCCCAUCCAUACUAUAAUAAUCUAUUGAUAGCCACUGGUUUUAGUGGCCAUGGAAUUCAACAAACACCUGCUGUUGGUAGAGCCAUUUCAGAAUUGAUUAUUGAUGGUGAAUUCCGCACCAUUGAUUUGUCACGUUUGGGCUUUGAUCGUAUUAUUGUGGAUCGUCCCAUGUUUGAAUCGAAUAUUGUUUAGCAACUACCAACACUAUCAAACAAUUUAAGCUUAAAGGCUACUUAUAGUAUAAUUUAAAAUAUUUUAGAAAAAUAUUUGUUGUUAUUUUGUAAAUAAUUUAAAAAAUAAAUUUUAACGCAGAUCUUUUUAUAAAUAAUGUUCAAUUAAUAAACAUAAAAUUUUUAUUUAAAAUUAAA